CAUCUCGCAGGGCAGCCCCAUCUCCAGUCCUGUCCUGGGUGUUGGAGCUGAUCGUCCCUCUCUGCUGCAGUUCACCAAACCUCAGAGAAGAGAGAGAGAGACAGAGAGACGGAGAGAGCCUCCCCUGCUCUCUGGCCUUACUGUUGACUGAAUUGAAUUCUCAGGGUUGUCAUUCACAACUUCAGGCAUUCAUAGCUGAACUACAAAACCUACGGAGCUUCAGGCAAACCGUAAACUGUGGAUGAUCUCCGGGAGGAGCAGUGAAGGUUCAGCGACCUCUAUUUCAGGAUAGCAAUCCACGUCAAACUCAAGCUGACCUCAUCGACGUCAUCAUCCACAGGCGGCGGAGUGGACCACGGCAUUUCUAGCAACAUAGACUGUCACAUUUCUUUGUGGGACUAUAAGUUUGGCCUGUGCAGAGACUAAUAUAUCAGAGACAAGUCCAUCUGACUCAAAUAACACCUUUCGCCAUGGCUACCACGGGCAUGCAGUUGCUGGGUCUGAUCCUUUCCAUAGUGGGCUGGGUGGGUGGGUUAAUAGUUUGUGCCAUCCCCCUGUGGCGGGUCACCGCCUUCAUCGGUAACAACAUAGUGACAGCUCAGAUCAUUUGGGAAGGCCUUUGGAUGAAUUGCAUAGUACAGAGCACAGGUGAGAUCCAGUGUAAGGUGUACGAUAGCUUGCUGGCUCUGCCCAGCGACAUGCAGGCUGCCCGCGGCCUCACUGUGUUGUCCAUCCUGCUCUGUGGCCUGGCUCUGGCUCUGGGGGUCCUAGGAGUCAAGUGCACUAAAUGCAUCGGCGUAAACAGCCUUAAAGCCCGCAUUGCUCGCAUUUCCGGCUCUCUUUUUGCCAUCGCGGGGUUCCUUUACCUUGUGCCCGUCUGCUGGACUGCCCACUCCAUCAUCAGGGAUUUCUAUGAUCCACAUGUGGCAGCUCCACACAAGCGUGAGCUCGGCCCUGCCCUUUACAUCGGCUGGGGGGCGUCAGCCUUGCUUCUAAUUGGGGGGUCACUGCUCUAUGCGGGGUCAAGUCCUCCCGGAAUCCCAGGCUCUCCCACUUUCAGCAGUGGAGAGAGCAGUCCACGCAGGGCACCUGCCACACAAGUCAAAGGUUAUGUCUAAAAUGUCUGAAGGCCUUCCACAAAUCCACCCCAAAUGAUGUCAAACCUGUCUUUUCUCCUCUUGACAUUGAUUCAUGUCAUUAUUUUUUAUUAAGUGUCACUUUGCUUUUGUUUUCUUUGAGAAACGUCACAGGAGGCUGAAAACUGAACUUGUUUUAUUAUUUCAUACCUGAUACCCUUCAAUAACAUUUUUUCUCUGUCUGCCAGUUAAAUACAAUAAAAGUUGUAUCCUCUGUGGAGGAAAAAUGG